AUAAAGAGACGAAAAUUUUAAAACUUCUGUCUAAAUGUCUCUCUCUUUUUAAGUUGUCGUCUUCCCGCAUAUGAUUCUUCCUCCUCCUCGAGAUGACAAGACUAGAGAAAGAGAUUCUAUCAGACCGAUCAUAACUGCUGUUUUUCUGGGCUUUUCCGUCAGGUUUCGUCGCUGAAAGUGAAAAAGCUCCAUUGCUUUUGGUUUCAUUUCAUGGUUUCCGCGGGAAAAGUUCGCCUUCCCUUUUGACGCAAAAGACGAGAAAGAAGUUGAGGAAACAUGAAUACAACAACUUCGUCACAUUUUGUUCCACCGACAAGGUUUGAAAUCUACGACCCUCUCAACCAAAUAAGUACUAUGUGGGAAGAAAGCUUCAAGAACAAUGGAGGAGGCUUCUAUACUCCCAACUCUAUCAUCAUCCCCACAAACCAAAAACCAUACAGCUUGAGUGAGGAUGGAACAGAAGGAACUCCUCACAAGUUUGACCAAGAGGCUUCCACAUCUAGACAUCCUGAUAAGACACAGAGACGGCUUGCACAGAAUCGUGAGGCAGCUAAGAAAAGUCGUCUUCGCAAGAAAGCUUAUGUUCAGCAGCUAGAGACAAGCCGGUUGAAGCUAAUUCGCUUAGAGCAAGAACUUGAUCGUGCUAGACAACAGGGUUUCUAUGCGAGUAAACGUGUAGAUACUAAUGCCCUUAGUUUCUCAGAUAACAUGUGCUCAGGUAUAGUUGCAUUUGAGAUGGAGUAUGGACACUGGGUGGAAGAACAGAACAUGCAGAUACACGAGCUAAGAACUGUUCUAAACGGACAAGUCAGCGAUGUUGAGAUUCGUUUGCUAGUUGACAAUGCCAUGAAACAUUACUUUCAACUCUUCCUAAUGAAGUCAGCCGCUGCAAAACUAGAUGUCUUCUACAUCAUGUCUGGAAUGUGGAAAACUUCAGCAGAGCGGUUUUUCUUGUGGAUAGGCGGGUUUAGACCCUCUGAGCUUCUCAAGGUUCUGGUACCGCAUUUUGAUCCUAUGAUGGAUCAACAAGUGUUGGAUGUAUGUAACUUGAGGCAAUCAUGUCAACAAGCUGAAGAUGCAGUAUCUCAAGGUAUGGAGAAACUGCAACAUACAUUAGCAGAGAGUGUAGCAGCUGGGGAACUCGGUGAAGGAAGUUAUGUUCCUCAAAUAACUUCUGCUAUGGAGAGACUGGAGGCUUUGGUCAGCUUUGUUGAUCAGGCUGAUCAUCUGAGACAUGAGACAUUGCAACAGAUGCAUCGGAUCUUAACCACGAGACAAGCGGCCAGAGGAUUGUUAGCAUUAGGUGAAUAUUUCCAACGGCUUAGAGCUUUAAGCUCGAGUUGGGAAACUCGGCAACGUGAACCAACUUAAGCAAGGAGAUUAAAUUUCAAGAACAAGAACAUAAGCUUGUGUUUGAUGAUAGUAUAAUAAUUAUUCUUCUCUUGCGGCUUUGAGGAAAGUUGUUAAUAUGAUCAGCAACGUAAAGCUUGUGGCUUUAGAAACCCAAGCUGUAAAUAUGUAGAUCAUGUAUGAUUUGCUUGUGGUAAUAUCCCCUAUAUAUUAAUUAUAUUAAUUGAGGAACAUUUGAAAAGAUGUAACUUCAA